CUUCCACCUUUACUUCGACUACAAUCCAUCCUCACUCUUCUUUUGCCUCCCAGUUCUAAUAAGCCUCCAUCAAACACACAAUUCAAUAUGGCGGACCAGGCUGUCGGUGAUUGGGGUUUGAUCGGCCUCGCGGUCAUGGGUCAAAACUUGAUUUUGAACGCUGCAGACCACGGCUUCACCGUGGUUGCCUUCAACCGUACCGUUUCCAAAGUCGAUCGAUUCCUUGAAAAUGAGGCCAAGGGCAAAUCAAUUGUUGGCGCCCACAGUGCAAAAGAGUUUGUCUCAAAACUCAAGAAGCCCCGUCGCAUGAUGAUGUUGGUACAAGCUGGAAAGGCCGUCGACGACUUCAUCGAGCUUCUACUUCAAAACGGAGCGGAAGAAGGAGAUAUCAUUAUUGAUGGAGGCAACUCCCACUACCCCGACACAAACCGCCGCACAAACUACCUGAAAGAGAAAGGCAUCAGAUUCGUCGGAUGUGGUGUCUCCGGUGGUGAAGAGGGUGCUCGAUAUGGGCCUUCAAUCAUGCCCGGAGGAAAUGAAGAGGCUUGGCCAUACGUUAAGGAUGUUCUACAAUCAAUCUCAGCUAAGAGUGAUGAUGAGCCCUGCUGCCAGUGGGUAGGCGACGAAGGUGCUGGUCAUUAUGUCAAGAUGGUCCACAACGGUAUCGAAUAUGGUGACAUGCAGCUUAUUUGCGAAGCAUACGAUAUCAUGCGCCGUGGACUUGGUCUUACCAACAAGGAAUGCGGUGCUGUAUUCGCCGACUGGAACAAGGGCGUCCUAGACAGCUUCUUGAUCGAAAUUACCCGCGACAUUCUCAACUACACUGACGAAAAUGGCACUGAGACCCUCGAUGUUAUCCUCGAUUCUGCUGGGCAGAAGGGUACUGGUAAAUGGACUGCCAUCAAUGCACUCGACCUCGGACAACCGGUGACACUGAUUGGUGAGGCCGUCUUUGCGCGAUGCUUAAGUAGUUUGAAGGAAGAGCGUGUUCGUGCCUCUGGUCGUCUCACUGGACCGAAGCCUGAGUUUACGGGCGACAAGCAAGCCUUCCUCAAGAACCUCGAGCAGGCCCUUUACGCCUCCAAGAUUAUCAGCUAUGCUCAAGGGUUCAUGCUGAUUCAGAAUGCCGCCAAGGAGUACAAGUGGAAGCUGAACAAGCCAGAGAUUGCCCUCAUGUGGAGAGGUGGCUGCAUUAUCCGCUCAGUCUUCUUGAAGGAUAUCACCAAAGCCUACCGUAGCAACCCUGACCUCGAGAAUCUCCUAUUCGAUGACUUCUUCAACAAGGCCAUCCACGAUGCUCAGGCUGGAUGGCGCGAUGUCGUCAGCAAGGGUGCCCUAUGGGGAAUUCCCACGCCGGCGUUCAGCACCGCCUUGAGCUUCUUUGACGGUUACCGCACUGCUAACCUGCCUGCCAACCUCCUACAGGCCCAGAGGGAUUACUUCGGUGCCCACACCUUCCGCAGCCGUGUCUCCGACAAUGCCACUUACCCUCAGGGCCAGGAUAUCCACGUCAACUGGACUGGGCGAGGAGGCAACGUCUCCGCCAGCACUUACACCGCAUAGAAAGCAAGAUUUCAAACCGAUCUAUGCUAUGAAUGGGAGUCAGAGUAUCGAGCAAAUGGUUGGUAUGCAGAAGCGUUUUGGGCAGAGAGCAGGUUUUGCUGAGAAUAUAGAAGUGACAAUACCAUAGCUUUCUUGCCAGGCGACUCGUUCACCACUAGCUGUGUUUGCUGUGACCCCAACACCCAUUGCUGAGUUACCUCCGGGUGUCGAUCAUCGGAUUGAUUGACUAGUGUCAUAUUGACAUGUCACGCACAGAUUUAGCUCAUUCUCACAUAGCUCCUUAG